CUUUUAGCUAAUGAUGACAUCACCUCUUCCUUGUCACUCUCUUCUUUGAAUUAGGAGCUACCCAAAUACUUGCGUGGCUACCAUAAGUGUUCACGGGAAGAGGUUUUCCAACUCGCAGCGCUCAUCUACCGCGUCAAGUUUGAGGAUGACAAAUCCCACUUUCCUACAAUUCCCAAGAUGCUUCGGGAGCUGGUUCCCCAGGAUCUCAUUCGUCAGAUGUCACCAGAUGACUGGAAAAGGUCGGUGGUUGCAUACUUCAACAAGCAGGCCGGUAAAACAAGAGAAGAAGCCAAACUGAUGUUCCUAAAGACCAUCUACAAAUGGCCGACCUUUGGCUCUGCUUUUUUCGAGGUCAAGCAAACCACAGAGCCCAAUUUUCCGGAGAUCCUGCUGAUCGCCAUCAACAAGCAUGGAGUCAGUCUCAUCGACCCGAAGACGAAGGACAUCCUCACCACUCACCCCUUUACCAAGAUCUCCAACUGGAGCAGUGGGAACACCUACUUCCACAUCACCAUCGGCAACUUGGUCAGAGGAAGCAAACUGCUGUGUGAGACCUCGCUGGGCUACAAGAUGGAUGAUCUGCUGACCUCCUACAUCAGCCAGAUGCUGACCACCAUGAACAAGCAGCGCUCCGGGCCGCGCCUCAGCAAGUGAACUUCUUACUGGCAGGAGGCCGCUGAGCUCGUUCGGCUCUUGCGACCUAUUGGCCAGCCCUGCAGCUGGGGGCGGACCUUUGCCAACCAGCUGUGGACGAUGAGCCGCAGUCCUUCUGGUAGCUCGGGUGGGUCAAAUCUGACCGGGGGGAGUUCGGCUGCCGGCAGCAGCGACCCCGGCGAAGGCCCCAGCAACUAUCACCACUACAGUCCCGGUGAGGGUGAGGAUGAGCUGUCCAGUGAGGACGACUACCUCUAGACCUGCAAACCCUCUCCCAAAAAGGCUUCAGGAUGCAACACUCAUGACCUCCUUGGACAUAACGUGAUACAUCUAGGAACUAAAGGGGAGACUGGUGGACUGCAGUAACUAGGAAGCUCAUUGACUCACAAUGAACCAGUGUUGGGUUAAUCAAACCAUUUCCUGCCUUUUUUAUUUAAUGAAAUUACUAGGAAUUAUUCAUAUACACUAAGACGCUGGAAAGUACUGAUGAAAAUGUAAUAUUAUUGUCAAUAAUCGUAGGCCUUAUUGCCGCCACCUUAUCACCAGCGAUAAGGAUCUAAAAGAGUGAAAAAUGUCACCCAUCUUUUCGUUAGCUUUAGUACAUCAGUUCUCUAUACGCCUGCUGGAUCGCCGUGGUCACUUAAAGUCAUGUGUUUAAGUUUAAUAUGGGUUUUGUUUCUUUAAAACCCCAUUUAUGAUUUAUUCUCAAUCAUCUUUUGUUAAAUGUUGGUGAUUAUUAGCAGUCGUUUCUGUUUAGUUUUACAUUUGAUGCCGUGAUUGUCUCCAUAUUUGUGUUGUGCGACUGCAUUGUGUAGCAUUGCUGUGGCUUGCGGCUGCUGAUUUUAUGGGGCUUUUGUAACAUUCCUGUUGUUGUACAAAAUAAUCUUGACUCUUAAGAGUUGCCGACAUUCAAAUCGGCCACAAAUAGUCCAUCCCUUCAUUAUGCGCCCAAAAAGCAGUCAGUGAAUUGACCUUUGGCUAAGUCUGACUUGUCAUCCACGAGUCCUGUAGUUUUUAGUGUUACCACCAAUGAAAUGUAUCUGAGUAAGUCCGUACGUUUGCGGAUGCAUUCAUGCGACUGGCACUCUGGUGCAUUCCAACAACUCAUAAUAGCAUCAAAAGAAUAAAAGACCUCCACAACGAGGAAAUGUUACUAUAGUCAAGUGCAUCACAGAUGGACUCAAAAAAAGUAUUCUUCUGUACUAAAUAUGUUUUUCUCAAAGUUCAGGAUCAUUGAUUGAUCAAUACAAUCACUGUGACAUCAAAGUCCUUCAGCAAAGAUGAACAUCUUAUUCUGAAAUGUUCUCAAUAAAUGUUUUGUUGAAUCAUUAUAACAAAAGUCCAAUCUGAGAAGAAGCACAAACCCUUUUAUUUAAUGCAUUUGUUGUGUUGUCAGAGUGAUAUCUACCGUCAUCAUGCAUGUGUGUUUUUUAGUUUUAAAGCAAGCCCUUCAUCCAGUACACAUCUUUGGUUUGUAUGAUUAACAAAUACUUUGGUAUUUUAACAGUGCCAACCAUUUAUUUUCAUGGUAGUUUUUCUUUGUUGACUAACAGCAAAAAGGAGUCUCUGCCUGUUGUGUAUUGUCUUUGUAACCAGACGUCUUGAUUUCCUGUAGUGUCAGUUAAUUGCAACGUGUGCUCUCACUUUUACAUAAAAUAUUGAAUGCA